GUAACCAAAACAAUGAUAAAAAUCAACUGAGAACAAGGAAAAUAAGCACGAAGCAACCUUAUCUCUAAGGUUAAUCUUAACUCUAAGAUUUCAACCUUAGGUCUCUACUAAGGUUGACGUCACGUCUGCUUUCACAAAACAACCUUACCUAAGGUUAAUCUUACGUAAGGUGAAAACAAUAAGGUUGGCAUGACCCAACCUUAGUACAACUAAGGUUAAUAUUUAGUAACAAUAAAGAUGGCGACUGCUUUCAUUGUAUGUAUUGAAUUAGACCGUAGUUUGAAGAAACAGAGGGUUUUUCGUGACCUCACGAUGCAGCUCGAUUGCCUCGCCGAUGCCGAGCUCUUUGCACGUUACCGGAUGCCCAGACAUGCCAUCUCUAGUUGACCUUGUAAGGCCUUGUAAGGCCCAUGCUAGAGAGACUCACCCAGCGUUCCAACUCCCUUUCUCCCGAGACGCAGGUACUCCUUACUCUCAGAUAUUUGGGGAAAGGCGGUUACCUGUCCGAGAUCGGUGAUCUCCAUGGUGUAUCUGAGGCAAGUGUAAGCCGGGCCUUCCAUGACACUGUGCGGGCUUUUAACAGCCAUUUGAAGAAUAUUUCCUUUCCAUGGACAAGAGAAGAACAGGAGAGAAUUAAACUUGGGUUCUGCAGUAUUGGUGGCUUCCCCAAAGUACUGGGUGCAGUAGAUGGUACUUUGAUACCAAUUAAACGACCACCUGCAAAUGAGGAAAUGGCUUUCGUCUGCCGUAAGGGCUACCACGCCAUAAAUGUGCAAGGAGUUUGCGAUUCUGACCUCAGAUUUACGAAUGUUGUUGUUCGCUGGCCUGGCAGCACACAUGAUUCUCUCAUACUGAAGAACAGUGGCCUCGGAAAGAAGAUGGAAACUGGUGUGGUUGAUGGCUGGUUAUUGGGAGAUUCUGGGUAAAUAUUCAAUUCUACACUGACAUGGUUAUGGUACAUAAUAUAACUUAAUUGAAAAGAUAAGAAGUUAUUUAUGACUGAUGGCAUUUAUGCCAAAUUAACCAGAAUGUUUCAUAUAGUGUUAGAUCAUAUCCACUGUUGAAAAGUACAUAUGUUUAUUAUAGU